GCUUGCGAGGCAGCCAUCGAAGAGAUCAUAUUCACAUGUCGUAAGCCUGUCGUGGGCCCUGGAGAUUCGAAAAAGGAAGUUGUUAUUUCCAACGACAUAGCAGCGAAGGUCAUUGGCUACAGGGGAUGCGUUAUUGACGAGAUCAAACGACGAUCGCAUACUCGCAUUGAGGUGGUUCCUACAGAGGACGGUGGUCCUGGGGAGGAGAGGACAGUCGUGCUAGUUGGACCUGAGGAUAAUUGCGAAGAAGGGGCACGUAUAGUACGGGAAAUCGUGACUGGCGAGCUCGACAUAUCACCGAUCAUUGAUGACUUCAAACGGGAGCAUCAACUGGAUGAAUAUGAUCUUUCCGGGGGCAAGGGUAGCGGCUACCACGGUAAGGGUGGUAAGGGCUACGACUGGCGCGGAGGCAGCAGUAAGGGUGGCUGGGGUGAUGACAACUCUCGGUACGCUGGUGGUAAUGGUGAUUGGUCCGGCAGUGGUAAGGGAGGCUGGUCUGGCAGUGGUAAAGGAGGUUGGGGUAAGGGCAAGGGCGGUGACUAUGGUGGGAAGGGCGGCUUCGCAAGGGAGGUGAUGACUCAUCCGACUAUUAUGGUGGUCGUG